AUGAGUCAAAGGUAUUGUGACAAUGAAGAUCAAUGUGAAGUUUUAGAGAACUCCAUUAAAGGAACAACAACUUAUGUGGAACCCAUAACUCCUAUCUGUAAUACAGAGAGUGGAAUCAUUGCACUGUCUCCACUAUGUGACCACUACAAUGAUCACAUGAGGAUUGAUUCUCUUACUACUUGUUCCGACGAAGAGAUCGUCGAGUCUUUGUAUCAAAACGUCUUCAGUUUAGUUCUCCGUCUUCAAAUAGAGGAGUCAAGCAAUGGUUCACACACACCCUGCCCUGGAGCUCCCAUGAAGCUUACCAAAAUUUCGAGAAACAUCGAUUCAGGAUUCCAGAGAAAACUCUUCUGA